AUGCAAGAUACCAGAGAAACAUUAUCAGCACACGCUUCUGAAGUAGCAUUUUUUUCUCAAAUGGCGAGAUAUUUCAGAUGAAGCAUUGGGCAUCUCAAUCAUUCACUGAGUAUUAUCAGGGUCAAAAGAGACCUUACUUCAAAUUCUUAUCUAAAGCAGGCCUGAAUAAGUCUACCAUUAGAUUGGCAAAUUUAUUUUUUUAUGGAUCUAUAG